CGGAAGUGAGGGUUCUGUGAGAGCUGGCGGGCUGGUCUCCGUGUGUGCGGAGUGACAGGCAGUGCCAGGCUGUCUCAGGACCUUUGCUCAGCGGUCUCUGGCAUGCCUGGCCGUCUCUUUAGUAUUAUUUUUGGACACUGGUUAGGCUAGGCUGGCUUAUUUUGAAGCUCCUGCACAGUUGGACUGCUGUGGGGGGCUCAGUAAUUUGGAUUAUUCAAAGAUUAGCCUGUCCGCCAUGGCCGACUUGUCGCAGUACGUGGUGUUAACGGACUGUCGGUUUGUCUUUGCCUUUCUGUGCAUCGUUUUCAACCCCUUGUUCUGGAAUGUGGUAGCGAGAUGGGAGUACAGGACUCGCACCCUCACCAGGAUAUUCGGAUCGCCGUAUGUCGCCUGCUACUGCCUGGGCGCAGUGCUUAUAUUCCUCGCCGUCUUCAGAAGCCAUUGUUUUUCGGAAGCCCUGAAGACUCAGCCCCAGCUGUCGGCUUUGGAGACCCCCGGACUCUAUUACUUGGGCUUGCUGUGUAUGGGUGCAGGAAUGAUACUCGUCGUCUGCAGUUUCCUCGCUCUGGGAUUCACGGGGACGUACUUGGGUGAUUAUUUUGGAAUCUUGAUGGAUGAGAAGGUCACCAGCUUCCCGUUCAGCGUUACAGAGAAUCCGAUGUAUUGGGGCAGCACUGCCAACUAUCUGGGUCUGGCCCUUGUGAACUCAAGUCCAGCGGGGCUCCUGCUCACAGCCGCCGUGGCCACAGCCUAUAAAGUCGCCAUCGCUUUCGAAGGGCCGUUCACCGAGGAAAUCUACCGGAAGAAAGAAGAGUCAAAGAAGCAGAAAUAAGAAUGACCGGCUUUAACCCUUCGCAGUGCAGAGUAUCACAACGCGAAGUCAGAGGUACCCCUCUGGUGUAAGUCAGGCGUAGCCAAACCCUGACCGACAACUCGCACUGCUGCCGGUCCGUUCGGCUGACGCGUUUAAUGUUGGAAUACUAGUUUCUGGUUAUGUUUUUAGUGCCACCAGCAGUGUUGAGGUUAAAAAAAAAAUCACCGCAUUGCAGUACGGAAAACCGAAUGUCAGAACGUCCGUCUGUGCUGUGAUCCGGUCCAUUAAAUGACAUUCUGCCCGGUACAAUGUGCUUUGUGGGUCGGGAGAAAUAAAGGAUUGUUCUGAAAGAAGAAAGAAAGCCUUCGUUCCUCCGCGACGGACGUUCGAUGCGAGA